UAGCCGGCUGCUCUCAGGUUUCUCUCUGUUUCGGUCGAAACACAACGAUCAAAGUGAUAAUCCGUUAGAGGCUUCUUGGCGGUUACUUCAUAUUUUUCAAUUGCUCGUGAUGUCGAUCAGACCGUUGUGGCCUGAUCUGCGGCCACGAGCAACCGAUCCGUUAUGGUUUAACGCCGAUAGGCCGUGCGAUGACGAAAGUGAAGUCGCCGCUCUCGAAGCGGAACAUCAGGCCUGGAGGGACCACGUGCGGGUGCAGGGCUACGAGCACAUUCCGAUCGGGAAAACAGUAAGCGACUUCAGAGUAUCGGAGGGAGAGGAGGAAGAAGAGGAGGAGGAGGAAGGCGAGGUCGAAGACGAAGAUGACUCGGAUACCCAUGAGGAAGAUGAGGAAGAGCCUGACGAGAUCGACAUGGAAGUCAGUUAUUCUCAUCAUCCGCAAAGAUCCAGUCCGGACAUGGUGCCCGCUGCUCCCGUGUCUAUUCGGAUGGUCAAUGCAUCAAAUUUAACACGUUAUUCUUAAUCGUUGCGUGUUACAAUUGAAACAUACAUAUCUGUGAUUGCAAAUCUUAACUGUCUAGUGAAAGAAUCGUUCCAUAAUUUUAGUGAAAAUUA